CACACACACACACUCACUUCCCGCCCCCUGACCCCGAGCCGCGGUGGUCGCUUGCGCGGCGGGCAGACUUUGCCCCGUCGCCGGCGCAGGCAGGGAGCGGACGAUGUUCGCGGCGGCUCCCGCGAUGCAGGACAUCUCAUCCCGCCUCGGCGGCGGCUUCUCACCUCCUCGGCUCACCCCGCCACUGGCGGCCCUGCACGGCAUGGCGGCUGACGUGCAACCGCCCCGGCCGCGGUCUAGGUGCCAGUCGCAGUCCCAGUGCCAGUCCCAGUACCCGGCCUACCCGCUGCCGUCUGCCGGGGCACCCGCCGCCGCUUCAUCGUGCGCGUCCCCGACCACCACCUCGCCCAACCCGGGCGGCAUGGCGGCAGCGGCGGCGGCGUCGCCGGGCCUCAAGUCUUCCAGCCUGGGCUCGCCGCAGCUGUGCUCGUCGGCGACGCCCCACGGCAUCAACGACAUCCUCAACCGGCCCCGCGCGGCCCCUUCCUCGGCUUCGAUGGGGGUCCUGAGCGCCCUGCAGCCGCGCUUCGACAGCCUCAGCCCGCCACCGCCGCUGCCCUCGGCCGGACUCUAUUUCUCGCCGGCGGCCGCUACCGCCGCCGCCGCCGCCGCCAUGGUCCGUUACCCCAAGCCCCUGCAAAGCGAGCUGCCCGGUAGGACCCCCAUCUUCUGGCCGGGGGUCAUGCAGGGGACGACCUGGAGGGACGCGCGCUUCGCGUCAUGCUCGCCCCAGCAGAGCUGCGUUCUGGUGGAAGGCAAGGACGGCAAGCGCAAACACACGCGACCAACUUUCUCCGGACAGCAAAUUUUCGCUCUGGAAAAAACUUUUGAACAAACCAAAUAUUUGGCGGGACCAGAACGAGCGCGACUCGCUUUUUCUCUGGGGAUGACCGAGAGCCAGGUCAAGGUGUGGUUCCAGAACCGUCGCACGAAAUGGCGGAAGAAGCACGCAGCCGAGAUGGCCUCCGCCAAGCAGAAGCAGGACUCGCAGACGGAAAGGUUAAAGGUCAGCACGGACUUGGAAGACGACGAUGACGACGACGACGACGACUACGACAAACCCUUGGACCCUGACCACACCCCCCACCACGAACCUCCCCACCUCAACGGCCUCCUCCACAAGCACGCGCUCGUCGUCGUGCACACACCCGAACCAGGCGGCUCAUCGUCUUAAAAAAAAAA